AUGGUGACAUAUAAAAUCACUGUAAAUAGGGCACAUGGUGAUAGGAGAAUGACAGUUGAUGAUGAUAAAUGUUUAGUGAAUGUGUUUAAUAUGUAUAAGAGCAAUAGAGAGAUACAUAUUUUUGUUGAUGUUGCGAAUGAAAACAGGGAAGUUGAUAAUAUGGUUGCAAGUAAAAAUGAAAACAGGGAGACUGAUAAUGUGGAAACACGAGGUAUAAAUGCAGAAUCUGAUGUUGGAAAUGUGGAAACAGAUGUUGUAAAUGUUCAGUUUGAGGUUGGAAAUGGGGAAACUGAUAUGGGAGAUAAUGAUAAGGAGAACGAUGAAUAUGAUUUUAGUUAUGAGGAUAAGAAUUGGAGAGGCGAUGAUGAUGUUCCUUAUUCUAGGAAUGAUUGCCAAUAUGUUGGGCCAAUUAGCACAUGUAAAGAGUGGGAUGCAAGUAGUGAUGGCUUCUCAGAUUAUCAAUCUGGGAAUGAAGGUGGUAGGAGUAGUAGUGAUUCUGAUAAUGUAGAGAUUAUGAAUGGUGAUAGCAAGCGAAAGAGAAAAUCCAAAGUGUAUGAUACAUUUGAAUAUGAAACUGAGUUUCUUGUUGAGAAUGGUGGAAACUCUGAUUGGAAUUUAUGUAAGGGGAUGUUCUUUGAGAAUGUUGAUCUUUUUAGGGAUGCUUUAAGAGACUAUAUCAUUAAAAAAGGGAUCAAAGUGAUUAGGAAGAAGAAUGAGAGGGCUAGAGUCACAGUGCAUUGUGUUGUUGCAAGGUGCAAAUGGAGGAUCUAUGCAUCACUUCUCUGGAUCAGGCUACUUUUAAGGUGA